AUGGAUGAAUUGUUGAAGCAAACGAUAAUGAAUGAAUUAUUAGAAAAAAUUAAAGCUGUACAACAUAAUGAAAUUGGUCUUAACAAGUUGGAGUGUGAAGAAAGAAAAAAAUAUUUCAAAGCUCAGAAUGAUUUCACAGAAGCAAAGGAAAAAGAUGUUAAUCGAGAGGAUUUAAAAAUCUUUCAAGAUCAAAUGAACUUUCAAAAAGAAUGUCGUGAUGAUGAUGAUCUUGAAUUAGUAUGGUUACGAAACAAUAAAGAAAUUCCUAAAAAUCCAGAUUUUCGUCAUGAACAUGACAAAAAUACAUUCAAAUUAAUUGCUACUGCAGUAUUUCCUGGUGAUUCAGGUGUAUUUGCAGCUUUAUUAAAAAGCAAAUCAACAAGUAAUGAACAACUUUCCUCUUGUUCAGUUAUUAUUCAAGGUAAAAUAAAAAUAUAUUUAAAAUAUUUCAUAAAUCAAAAAUCUUUUUUUAAAGCUCGUGAUAAAGAACCACUCGAUCCUAGCUUUGUUCAAUUUCCACAAAGUAUUAGUUUAGAAAAAGGUGGAAAAGCUAAAUUUAAUUGUAAAAUAUCAGGAUCAACACCAAUGACAGCCCAAUGGAAUCUUAAUGGUAAACCACUUGAUCAUGAAUCAAAUCGAUUUAUAUUAACAAAUGAGCAAACUGAAUUUUCACUUGAAAUUCCUGUUGUUUUACCAACAGAUCAAGGCCAAUAUUCUGUAAUUAUUUCAAAUGAUAAAGGACAGAUUACAGCUGCAUAUAGUUUACAUGUUGAUCAAUCAUAA